CACACUGCAUCAACAUGGACGGUAGUGUACGUGUACGAAUCGCAUACCUACUUGGGACACGUGGCAGUGUUUCGAGCCCUCACCGACUCGUGUAACCUGUACAUAAAGCACCGAACAAUCUUCUGCGAUCUCCUUCCCCAAAUCUUCCCUUUAAGAAAAGCCCUGAGGGAAGAAGACGAAGCACAUAGAGCUUCUGUAUUUUCUGUCUCUCCUCUCUCUUUGAUUGGAAAACAUUGGAAAUCGGUGGGAGUGUGUAUGUAAUUGGGUGCAAAUGAAAGGCUAUAGGGUUGCACCUCUCCAUGUGUUGGCUUGUUGAGUGUGAGUCUUGGAACAAAAAACACUUUAAGUAUAGCAUGAGCAGUAGAUGGUCGAGUGGACCUCCUCUAAGAGGAUAUGUGAGGAACACAAGGAGUAGGAAGAUGGCACUAGAUGUGGACCUCAAUGUACCACCUAGUGAGAACCUGGAUCAGGAGGGCACUUCGGCUCAAGCCAACUCUCAAGAUGUGCAAUUUGGCCAACAAGGACCAUCUGUACUGCCUACACCAAUUGAUGUUGAGGCAUUUGAUGAUGAUGUUGUUAUAUCCUCACGUACGGCUUUUGCAGAAGCUAAAAUAAAUUCUGGGAGAGGAAGAAAUCGUGGAAAUACUGUUGUAGUUGAUGUAGAUUCAGAUUAGAUUGGGGUGGCAUUUUUGACGUGCAACAAUGAUGUAAUUUGUUUGAAUGUUCAUUUUUGUUUGAUAAGGAUACACAUACUUUUUAGAGUUACACUAGUUAUUGUUGGAUUUUUGGUGGAAUUGAACAAGUUAUAACUUUUGGAUAUUUUGUGGAUAUUUCACUAUUUUAUUAUAUCAUGAUGAAAUUAUUUGUAGGUUAA